UGGGCGGAGCCUAACGCCACGGCGCUACAUUUCCCGUUCACAAGGAGCUGAAACAGAACGAGCUCGUGCGUGAACGGAGCGGGUCGUCCGGAUGUUUGUCUCACUUCUCCACUUCCUCUCCUUGAUGUGGGUGGUUCAUGCCACCCUUUUAGAAGCCCUUCCCACUGGCCAAUCAGGACCACAAUGUGUGAACUGGGGUGUGUAUGAAAGAGAAGCGGUGAGAGUGUAUGAGGGUGAAGCAGGGAGAAUACACUGCCCGCUCUUCUCACACCCGAAGUUGUAUAACUACGCUCAGAUUCAGAGCACAGGACACACACUGCUCUGGUACCAACACACACACGAGCUGGAGGAGCCCGUUGACCUGAGCCUACCGACGUACGUCAAACACAAAGACGCGCUGUGGAUACAGCCGGCUAGCAUGAAGGACAGAGGAGAGUACAUUUGCAUUCUCAGUAACCUGUCCUCUUGUGUGAAGAUCGGAGUUAGAUUGGAUGUGGUUCCCCGUAAGGGUGACUGUGAUUACACACUGCACCGAAACGUCUCUGUCCCAAUAAUGAGUAACUUUACACUUCGCUGUCCCAAUGUGCAGCACCUACCAACCAAGAUGUACAACAUCAUCUGGUACCAUAAUUGUAGCAGCAACUUUUUCGGUUUUAACUUCAGAGAAGUGGAAGGUGACACGGUUGUGAUCAAUCAGAUGUUCACUUUUUAUGAAGGCCCUUACACCUGCGUGGUCACCUACCAGAGCAACGGACACACACUCAACUACACAUAUACCAUCAACCUCAGAGCCGUGUCCACCAACGGGGCCAAAGAGCCAAAGAUACUGAAUCCAUCUAAUAGGGACAUUUACGACGUCAGUGUGGGCAAGAACGCAAAGUUUUCCUGCCAGGCGUUCCUGCCACACCUUGACGAGGAGCCGCAUGUGUGGUGGAGCAUCAACAACAAGACGCUGGAGGAACUGUCAGAGUCUCGGUACACCUCACCUGCAGUCAGGGUGCUGGUAGAUGAUUACGGUGACCAAACUGUUGAGAGAGUGUUGAAUGUGUUGCCGUUUAAAGAAGAAGACCUGCACAAAGAGUUUCGCUGCUCUGUUCAGAACAGCAAGGGAUUCCACAGCAGUGCCGCCACACUGAAAGAGGAAGUGUACGUUCCCUCUCUAGAGCUCGGCUGUGGUCUCGGUGUGACUCUGGUUCUUGCGUUGUUGCUCUUUGUAUUGUAUCGUGUCUUCUGGCUUGAGGUGCACCUUCUCUACCGCUCCUGGUUCGGCACGGAUGAGAGAGACACGGAUAAUAAGGAGUAUGAUGUGUACAUCUCGUACGCCCGCAACACAGAGGAGGAGGAGUUUGUUAUGGAAACACUGAGGCGUGUGCUAGAGGUGGAGUUUGGAUACACAGUGUGUAUAUUUGACAGAGACAGCCUGCCAGGAGGAACUGUAACGGAGGAGACCCUGCAAUUCGUCAGCCGUAGCCGGCGCUUGCUGGUCAUACUGAGUGCAUACAGUGCAUUUCGGGAUGCCCAGGCUCUCCUGGACAUUCGGGCAGGUGUGUCUGCUAUGCUCCGUGGGAGCAGCAUGAAACUGGUGCUGAUCCAUUAUAAAUCGACUCGCAUGUCACGUGACAAGAGCCACAAACAGAACGCGCACAAGUGCGUGAAAGAACUGCGGCGUGCACGAAUCGCUCUAGCGCUCGUCCGGUGGGAAGGAGAAAAGUCCACCUCACUCUCAUCACACUUCUGGAAGAAACUGCAGCUGCAGCUGCCUGUGUGCACAUCGACACGCACGACAAAACCUACAACGCACGAUACGUCGUGUAACGGCGAUAAAAAGAAUUCAGAGAGUAACGUGCUAAUGCUGGAAGAGUUACGCACACCUAACACACAAGCACACGACCACACAACACACACCGUACACACAGACGUGUUACACAAAACAUAAUCAACAAUACCGUGUGUGUGUGUGUAAGAUAAAUACCAUGUGAUUCAGGGUAAGAAAAUAGCUUUUUUGCACCAAAAAAAUACAUGUUUAAAAUGAUAGCUUGUGUAUUUUUAAAUUUUUUUUUUAAAGAGAAAUGUUUUUACUGUUCAGUCAAAGUGUUUUUACAGGAAAAUGUGUACAAAUAAAUGUGGGAAAUGCCCACUAAUGCUGAAAUGACUCAACUAGCUAGAGCUAACGGGAAGCGCUCUCAGUGGAACAUUAGCUAAACAAAAUCUAGCCUCUUUCACAAAGACCAGAUGGUACAUACUGUAGAGGCAGGGUAUAAGAUAGCGUCUUUUUGCUAACAUUCAAUGACUGUGUUCCUAGUUAGCUAACCAACACUUGUUAGUUCUGGUGAUUACAUCACUAAAUAGAUGACAUCAGCUAUUUUUCUUACAUUAGCUAUUCAUACAUCAGCUGUUUUUCUUCUAGAAAGAACUUACCUGUUACUCUCAGUUGUUACUCUCAUUUACUGAGGUAACAAUUCUCAUUAAUCGAUUAAAUUCUUUCUGCUAAUACUAGCAACCUUUAUUGUAUUAGCAGAAAUAAUUUUUCCCUGUGAAGGCUAACUCCAGGUUCAACGUUUGCAGAUUAAUCGCUUCAUAAAAUGCAGAACUAAAUCAAAUUUCUCCUGGUAGUGUAACUGAGGAAUUGUUACCUCAGUAAAUGAGAGUAACCUGAUAUUGCUAGUUAACUAAUAUAACUAAUGUUUUCUUUGUACACACAUCCUGUACAUUCAGCAUUUUAUUGUGUGUGUGUUACAGUAUUCAUGUCAUUCAGCCAUUUUAGUGUGUGUUACAGUAUUCAUGUCAUUCAGCCAUUUUACUGUGUGUGUGUGUGUGUAUGUUACAGUAUUCAUGUCAUUCAGCCAUUUUACUGUGUGUGUGUGUGUGUGUUACAGUAUUCAUGUCAUUCAGCCAUUUCAUUUUGUGUGUGUGUUACAGUAUUCAUGUCAUUCGGCCAUUUUACUGUGUGUGUGUUACAGUAUUCCUGUCAUUCAGCCAUUUCAUUGUGUGUGUUACAGUAUUCCUGUCAUUCAGCCAUUUUAGUGUGUGUGUUACAGUAUUCCUGUCAUUCAGCCAUUUUAGUGUGUGUGUGUGUGUGUGUGUGUGUGUGUGUGUGUGUGUUACAGUAUUCAUGUCAUUCAGCCAUUUUACUGUGUGUGUUACAGUAUUCCUGUCAUUCAGCCAUUUUAGUGUGUUACAGUAUUCAUGUCAUUCAGCCAUUUUAUAUUGCUUUGAUUUUGUACCAUCAUUUCAUGUCAUUACUGAACUGAAUAAACAUCAUGUUCAUAUCCAA